UUUGGUUGUUGGGACACGUGUCUUUCCGUUGGCAUCUCCCUCCACGCAGAGCGAUAGAGAAGCAACGGCAACCAUAUAUAAAAACAUAAAACAUAGUCCGAUCCGAACUCAAUCAAAGUGAAAUAGUAAGAUGUUUUUGGUGGUAAGAGCCUGUGGUUCUUCUUCUGCACAUAUUCAGCCCACUCUCACACCGCAGCGUAGUAGCAUAAACGUCGUCGUUAGAUGCUCCAUCAGCAGCGUGCAGGAGAAAGAAGAGAAGGGCACUGAAUUGGACUCUUCGGUGUCAUUCCCUCUGAUAAGGGCGGCGAAGAGGGUGGUUCUGGUGAGGCACGGCCAGAGCACGUGGAACGCCGAAGGCAGGAUCCAAGGAAGCUCCAAUUUCUCGGUUCUCACCAAGAAGGGUGAGUCUCAGGCCGAGACUUCGCGCCAAAUGCUCAUCGACGACCACUUCGAUGCAUGCUUCGCCAGUCCUUUGGCUCGAUCCAAGAGAACAGCUGAAAUCAUUUGGGGACCUCGCCACGAACCUAUCAUCCCUGACUAUGAUUUGAGGGAAAUCGAUUUGUAUUCCUUUCAAGGUCUGUUGAAGCAUGAAGGAAAAGAGAGAUUUGGUUCUGCUUUUCGCCAAUGGCAGGUGGAUGCUGCAAAUUUCAUCAUUGAUGGUCAUUAUCCAGUUAGAGAGCUGUGGGAACGUGCUAGAAGCUGCUGGACUAGAAUCUUAGCUCAUGAUAGCAGGUCUGUUCUUGUGGUUGCUCACAAUGCUGUUAAUCAGGCCCUUGUUGGCACAGCAAUUGGUUUGGGGCCCGAGUAUUUCAGAACAUUACUUCAGAGCAAUUGUGGUGUUAGUGUGCUGGAUUUCAUCCCGAGAUCUGAGGGUGGGUCUCCACAUAUUUGCCUUAACCGCUUAAAUCAGACCCCUGGUUCACCUAUUGCUGGUGGGAAAUCUGGAGGUAGAGAGUCAAGUAAGCGGAUCAUACUUAUUUGUAAUGGAUCAACGCAAGGAAAUACAGAGGAUGUUUUUCCUUUUGGUGGUGAUCAACCAUUGAACAUGCUCGGAGUCAUACAGUCCCAGAAAUCUGCAGAGCUACUUCUUGAUUUAAAAGUGAAUUCCAUAAUUAGCAGUCCUAACAAAGCUUGUGUUGGGACAGCCACGAUCAUCUCCCAGGUACAAGAAGCUGCAGAUUGCUUGGGUGCUGACUGUGUGCCUCGAUAUGUUGAGAUGAAGCAGAUGGGGAACUUUGAUGUUGAAACUCUCUUCAAACAAUCCGAAAUGGAUAUAUCCAAUUUUCCGCCAUUUCAACCUGGGUGGUUAAAUAGAGUUGAUGAUGGAUUGAGAACAACAUUAUGGGAUCAAUCUGGAAAAACCUGGCAAUCCCUGUUGGAUGAAAUUGAUGAAUCGAACACAGAAGUUGUAGUUGCAGUUGGUCAUCCUGCAAAGCACAUAGCAUUGAUGGGGCACUGCCUUAAUUUGACCAAAGAAUGGUUGGGAUCAUUUCAUCUCGACGCCGGGAGCGUUAGUGUUGUUGACUUCCCUGAUGGACCUAAGGGGAAAGGUGUCAUAAGGUGUAUAAAUUAUACUGCACAUUUGGGGAGAUGGUCCAUACCCAUUACAAGAUCAACAGAGGAUGGUGAAGAGUUCUAAGUGUAAACUUGUGAUUCCAAAAUUGAAUUGAAAUGACACCCAGCACUCAAUUGAAGAGUUUCAGAGGGUUAACGUGGUCAUGAUUGUUGAAAUUUUAAGGCAUGAUGAUAGUAAAAAUGAAAUCUUAUAUGGUCAUGGGGUUGACCUGGGAAUGGGACAACACUGUCGGUUUUGCUUGCCUUCCUCGUAAUGUAUUUCACUUCAAAGAUAUAGAUAUUACUUGGUGUGAUGAUGUGUGCAGUUCACAUCCAAGAUUACAUUGUCAGUUCUCCUGUAUUUAUCUUUUCUAAUGCUAUAUAUAUAUAUAAAAUCUUUUCUUAUAGCAA